UGCCUAUCUACAUCGGUGAUAAUUAAUUAAGUGUCAAGCAAUGAUCAUUUAUCAAUAAUAUAUUCUAUUAUGUUUGCUGUCUUCCAAUAAAAUAUACAAUGUCAAGUUAUAUAUGAUUCAUGUGUAUAUAAAUAUAAAUAUAUAUUUGGUAAAGGCUUUAAACAGGUCAAUAUGGCUGGCGUUGAUGCAAUUAAUUCUUGUGGAGUCUGAGAGUACACAGCUCCGCCUGUGUAGGAUAUCUGAGCAGAAACGAUUACAGACUAGGCGGAUCCGUCCAAAGGUUUCGAGACUCGCAGCGAUUGAGAAGAUAGGGAGGACCUGAGCGAAAUCAAACCCAGAGGGCCUCGAUAAAUUGACGUCGUCUCGCGAUCUGAGAUCUCCGCCGCACAUAUCCUCGAUCCCUCCGCCGUCACUCCUUUCGCGUCCUCUUCCUUACGCCCAUCCAUAUCAAGAGCCCCUCCGAGCCCUAAUCCCCCUACUGAUCUGAUAUUGGGCUUUUCUUCUCCGCUUUUUGCUGCUGCUGCCUACGAGAAUACAAUCCUCAUAAAGGAGCUCGGAGCUGGUCAUUGGGACCUCGAAUAGGAGUGAGGAAGGGGAGGAAGAAAGCCGGUGAGCGCGAGGGAUGAAGAAUUACGGACUCCGGCUUCGAUUUCCGCUGGUGCAGAAGACCUCGAAGCUAGCUCCUCCUCGCCCUUCCCUUCCUGCCUUCGCUUUCGGCGGCGGCGACGACGACGAGGAUGACAUCGAGAGGGAAAUCUCACGGCAGGCGUCCAAGAACAAGUCUCUCCGGAAGAUCGAGGAGCAGCACAAAAAGGCAAUGGAAGAGGAUCCCUCGGUCUUCGACUACGACGGGGUUUACGACGAGAUGAAAGGGAAGAUUGCGCGCCCCAAGGUUCAGAAUCGAACGGAGAGAAAGUCAAAGUAUAUAGAAACACUUAUGGAGAAAGCAAAACAACGUGAGCGGGAACAUGAAAUUGUAUAUGAGAGGAAGCUGCUGAAAGAGAGGAGCAAGGAUGAUCACCUUUUUGCAGAUAAGGAAAAGUUUGUAACCGGUGCCUACAAGAAAAAGCUAGCAGAACAAGCUAAAUGGUUGGACGAAGAGAGGCUGCGCCAAAUUCGUGAAGAAAGAGAUGAUGUAACCAAGAAGAGUGACUUGAGCGAUUUUUACUUUGGGCUCGGUGAGAAUGUAGCUUUUGGUGCUCAAUCAGAAGAUGCCACAAAACGGAAGGAACAAAAGCCACCCGGAGGCACUUCAGCGGUACCUGAACAUGGCCCUAGUGAGAAGAAUGCACAGACAGAUUAUACUCGGGAUAUAGAGAAAGUUGAUACUCAAGCCAAGACUUCUAGUCAUACACAGAACAACUCUGAGCAAGCUGUAGAGUUAACAACAUCAGAUGUAACCGUAAAAGGUUACGAUGAUGGUGAUAAAUUGGCAGCUGUGGAUCAAUCAACUGAACGUUACACGAGAGUUUUUGAGGAACUCAAGAAGUGCACCACUUGCUACAGUCUAGCCAUUUCUGACUACCUGGGAGCUGAUAUGUCAUGCAGCCCAUCAGUACAAGCAGACCUUAAUAACCUUCAAGUUGGAAUUGAUCUUCAUGGUGCUGAGGUAUAUGCAUGGCUUGUUAACAGAAAUCCUGUUCUUCAGAUUAAAUUCUUCUUCUGCUAG